CGACCUCUGAUUGGCUAGUCGUCACAACCAGGAAGUUUAGGAAAUCAACAUGGAGUCCAGGGUCAGGAAAAAAAACGUCCCGGCGUGUAAGGUAGUGCAUUUAGUCACUAUUUACAAAUAAACGAUGGAAAUGCGAAGUGAAAACUAAAUUAUAUAGCACAAGUGGGAGUUUUAUUUGAAGAGGUUUAUUUUUAUUUGCGUAAAGUCAUGGACAGCCCUGCUGCAAGUGGAAGUUUUGCGCCCAUCUUUAACACAGCGCUCUCUCCUCAUCAAAACAAAAUGUUCAACAUGUUGGAGAAAGCCACAGAACAACUAAUGUUACAUAAAGUCUUCCAGGCUGCCUUUCAAACAUGCGACAGAGGCCUGGAGUGUCUCGCAGACGGGGGUAAAGAAGAGGACGCGAGGGGCGAUUUCAAGGCUGGCUUUUGUAUCGUGGGGAUCCAAGCUCUUGCUGAGCUGAAUCAGUGGCGUGGUGUCUUGUCCUGGGUCCUUCAACAUUAUCAGCAUCAGGAGGAAAUACCUGCUAAAAUCUUGCAGAUGUGCAUCCUUCUCUACUCCCAAGUGGGUGAGCCGGCCAUGAUGCAAGAGACCACACAAGCGUGGUUACACUGCCCGUCCAACCGCAGCGUCUCAGGCUUUGGCCCGGUGGCCGAGCUCUACCUCCUGCAUGUCCUUUUGCCUCUAGGAUGCACAGACCUGGCUCGAGAGUUUGUCGUCUGUGAGGUGGGAAGCGUCACGUUCACUGAAGAGCAAAAACAGACAGCGCUGGACAUCAUAGAAGAAGAAGUUGAACGUCAGAAACAUGAGCCUGCUGUCAAUGUAGAUAGUAGUGGUUGUGACGUUCCCACGACAGAAGGUUCCUUUCUCCACAAACUGGAAGCCAUGUUGAGACUUUCCUACAGGAGAUUGAUGUCUGGCUCCUUCUCUUUCCAUAAACUCUUCUUGGCUGCUCUUCUUCUCUACAUGCUGUUUUUACGCUUGGAUCCAGCUCUUCCCUCAUCCUUCAUGUGGAUUUCCAAACUUCAUCAGCUGCUCAGAGAGUUGUGGAAAGCCACAGCGUCCUUGUAUUAUCAGCAGAGAGCUACAAAAGACUGACUUGCUGUUUCUUUUAGGGCAGUACGCGCCAACCUAAUUCUUCUUUAACUUAUGAAAAGAAUAUUAAAAUGAAGAAUGCUAAUGCUAUAUGUGUAAUAUGAUCCUUUUAUGUGGACAUUGUUCAGCUUUAAAUUCCAAGCCUCCCUUAAAAACAGCUAAUUUUUAUUUUCUCAUCGCAAAAACAACACUUCCAUUUUAAGCAAACUUGUCCUCCAGUCGCUUUGAAAGACCCUUAGCGUCCAGAUGACGCAAAAUUUUACUAACAAGUUCUAUGCAUUCGUUUUUUGCUCUUGAAAAUGAAUCUGCCAGUCAUUUCUCAUAAUAUCACUUUGUUGUUGAGUAAUUUGUAGCUAACUAACCUUGGAAGGCCCCCUUUUCAUUGCCAGACUUGAUAUGCCGCCCCCUCUUGGUGGGACGUCAUCUGCAGAACUAGAGCCCAUUUUUCCCACAUAGACAAUGUGGUUAAAGGCAUGUAAAAUUAUUAUUUUGAUCACUUUUUUGCAUCUUCCAUGAUUACAUCAAAACUGAUACGGUUAACAUUAUGGGCAUACAUCUGACUUUCCUUCCUACUUUUCUUUAGACACCAUAGCCUGUGUUUCCUCAUGCUAUUUCAUCAUUUCCUCAAGGAGCUUGAGGAAAACAUCAGUAAAAGAGGACGCAAAAUAAAAUACUAGCGGCUUGCCGUCUUUGUCUUUUGUUUUUCGGGUCUGCGCUUCUAUCUCUGUUCCGACUCAGUCUUUCUUCCCUAGAGGAUGCUCCUGAUUUUCAUGAUGUUAUUUAGCUUGAGAAUUAUAUUUUUUUUCCAUCCAAAUUCCGACCAAAACCCUUCUUUGAAGUUCGAAUCAAUAAAAUGAUUGCUGCAAAUUACAA